AAAGCGCCAAAGGCUACAUGUGUAAAAACAUGCACAUGUUCUUGCGUAAAAUUGCGCAGCCUCAGUGCGUUUCGCUUCUUUUAGGACUGGAUGUACAGUCCUGUACGUUUUAAAUAGUAUACCGUUUACUGUAAUACAUUGCCCUGAAACACUCAGCCUCAGGAGCUGCGCGAGAGAGCGCCGCAGCAGUUGCGUCACAGAGGACACGUAACGGGACUGCCUGAAUCUGACCGGAGGAGACAGACAGACAGGGUUAGCGGGGGACAGAGCUCAGACAGCGGGACCGCUCUCACCGGAUACUUCCUGCACACAGAAGGCCUGUAACUAUUGAUUCCUGCUCCGUGUUGACACAGAAGACCAAAUACAGAAAUGGUGUUCAGAGGCACAAUAACAGAUGCUCCUGACUUUGAUCCCAGCGCUGACGCUGAGACCCUUUACAAUGCUAUGAAAGGCAUUGGCAGUGAUAAAGAGGCCAUACUGGACCUGGUCACCUCAAGAAGCAAUGCACAGAGGCAGGAAAUCAUUGCAGCAUACAAAUGCAAUUUUGGAAAGGACCUGAUUGAGGAUCUGAAGUAUGAGCUGACGGGCAAAUUUGAGCGCCUCAUCGUCAGUCUGAUGAGAACUCCAGCCUACCAUGAUGCCAAAGAAAUCCACGAUGCAAUCAAAGGAGUUGGAACAAACGAGAGAUGUCUUAUUGAAGUUUUGGCCUCAAGAAACAACAAACAGACACAAGACAUGGUUGCAGCAUACAAGGAUGCCUAUGGCAGUGACAUGGAGGAGGAUGUCAUCGCAGACACGUCAGGUCACUUUAAGAAGAUGCUGGUUGUUUUACUUCAGGGGACCAGAGAUGAGUCAGGAGUGGUAAACGCAGACCUGGUGGAGCAGGAUGCACAAGAUCUGUACGCAGCUGGAGAAGAGCAGUGGGGGACUGAUGAGGCCAAAUUCAUCAUGAUCUUGGGAAACCGCAGUGUGACCCACCUCCGCAUGGUUUUCGAUGCAUUUGAGAAGAUUGCAGAGAUGUCCAUAGAGGACAGCAUAAAGAAUGAGCUGUCUGGGGACUUUGAGAGGCUGAUGCUGGCUGUUGUCCAGAACAUAAGGAGUGUUCCCAUGUUCUUCGCCAAGCGCCUUUACAAGUCAAUGAAGGGUCUUGGUACAGCUGACAACACCCUGAUCAGGAUCAUGAUUUCUCGCUCUGAAAUAGACAUGUUGGACAUUCGGGAGUGUUUCCGUUUAAGAUAUGAGAAGUCCCUUUACAACAUGAUUAAGGAUGACACAUCCGGGGAUUACAAGAGGACUCUGCUUAAUCUGUGUGGAGGAGAUGAUGACUUAGCUGGAGAGUUCUUCCCUGAAGCUGCUCAGAUAGCCUACAAGAUGUGGGAAUUAAGUGCCAUGACCAAAGUCCAGCUAAGGCCAACAAUCCGCCCUGCGCCCAGUUUUGACCCUGCUGCUGAUGCACAAGCGCUUAGGAAAGCUAUGAAGGGAUUCGGAACAGACGAAGAUGCAAUCAUUGACAUUGUUGCACAGAGAAGCAAUGCUCAGAGGCAAGAGAUCAGACAGACCUUUAAGUCCCUACUGGGAAGGGAUCUGAUGAAGGACCUGAAGUCUGAGCUGUCCAGAAACCUGGAGAGGCUGAUCAUUGGACUCAUGCUGACGCCUGCAGAGUUUGAUGCCAAAAUGAUGCAGAAGGCGAUGGAGGGGGCUGGGACAGAUGAGCAUGCUCUGAUUGAGAUUCUUGUCACCAGGAGCAAUGAGGAAAUACAAGCCAUGAAUGCUGCUUAUCAGAAUGCCUAUAAGAAGACUUUGGAGGAAGCCAUUCAGUCAGACACAUCAGGCCACUUCUGCCGCAUCCUUGUUUCUCUCGUGCAGGGUGCAAGAGAGGAGGGCCCUGCAGAUGUGGAGAGAGCCUCUGCAGAUGCUCAGGAACUUGCCAAUUCGUGCAAUGCUGACUCUGAUGAGAUGGAGAUGAAGUUCAUGAGUAUUCUGUGCACCAGAAGCUUCCCCCAUCUUAGGAGAGUGUUCCAGGACUUUGUCAAAUGCACCAACAAGGACAUUGAACAGAUUAUCAAGAAAGAGAUGUCAGGAGACGUCAAAAAUGCCUUUUAUGCAAUAGUUCGCAGUGUAAAGAACCAGCCCGCUUAUUUUGCAGACCGCCUCUACAAAGCCAUGAAGGGCCUUGGCACAGAUGACAGAGCACUGAUCCGCAUCAUGGUGUCCCGUAGCGAGGUCGACCUUUUCAACAUUCGUAAAGAGUUCAAGGAGACACAUGAUGCAUCGCUCCAUGAAUUCAUCCAGGUAGAAACUAUGAUUGGUGAUACUUCGGGAGACUACAGUAAAACACUACUGGUGCUCUGUGGAGGGGAAGAUUAAACCCAUCAAGUUUCUGCAGCUCCGUUCACAGACUUCAGUGAAAAAAAAAAAACACGAGACGAGCCUGAUCACAGAGUGAAACUGCAGCGGUUAACACCAGUAUCUGUUGUCACUGUCCCUAAACUGCUGCCACCCCUCAGCCAAACCAAAUGACCUAUGACCUCCCAGCGUUCCAAGCCAGUUUUUGCUCUCAUGUCCGAUCAUUCUGUCCAUCAGGAUGGUGUUUUUUUUUACAGAGUAAUAUGUAACACAAAGAUAUUCACAUUGGUGUAGAAAGGUGCUUCACAUGUGCAUCAUACUGAAAAGGUUAAAUAGUGCCUUCAGAUUGCAGGCCGUCCAAUGAUUACUGUGAUUUUAAGGUAUCAUAUAGACCUGAAUAAAAUGAUAAAAAAUACAAA